AUGAUAGGUAAAGUAAAAAGGAAAUCAGAUGUGAAGGACUAUGAGACCCCUAGAAGACAUAGCAUUGGGAAAAGGAUGGAAAGUAGUGAAAUAAGAACUCCAAUUAUUUUAAGUUCUAGAACAAAAAGCAUUGAGAAACCUGCACCCAAGUCAAAUUAUGAGAAUAAUGCUGUGAAAAAUGAACAUACCGGUGUUGGGAGAGUAAUUAAAUACUUACAUGCGCGGGAUGCAUGCAUGCAAAAUGACGUGUCAAAAGUUAUGCAAACAUGCGAAUUAAAGAAGUAUGCAGCCAUAUCAGAUGGGUGUGGGAAGUUAAUAAAAUUAUUUUUUCGUGGAUUUACAUAUUUUGUAUUUAUUUUAUUUAUUUUAUUAAGUAUUUUAUCUUUAAAUACAUUAAUUGAGAACAAGUAUUCUAAGCUUGUGGAGAUUUCAGAACUUAUAACUUCAGUAACCAUACCAUCUGUGGAAGAUAUUUAUUACUUUAGUAAGGAGUCUAAGGAGUCUGUAAAAGAAGCUUUUAAUUAUUUGAGUCGAAACAAGUUAGGUUCUGUCAAAGAAAAGAAAAAAGCUGAAAAAAGGAAAAAUCAGCAAAUAUCUGUGUUAUCAAAAAACCAAAGAGAUUAUUCUAAACUGGGAUUCCAAAACAGUUCUUCUUUUAACUUGGAUCAUGCUACAUUGUCUGUAGAACAGCAUCAUUCUAUUAAUAAUCCCAAUGAGAAUUAUGAAACUCCUUGGAGAAAAGAGUUAAUUGAGAAUUCCAAGAACAGUUCUAACUAUAAAAGUGGGAUUCAAGGUAAGAAACAAGUAAAGAAUUAUUCCAGGAAUUAUAACCAACAGCAAGAAACGUCUAAUCAAAUAAAUAACCAAUUUCAUUUAACAAAGUUAGUGGAAAUAAUAUUGGAUCAAAAUCUCUUAGAGAAUUAUUUAGAUGGGGAAAAUUUGAGUAUAUUGGAACUAUUAUGUUACAAGAAUUUUAGUUUUCAGGAAGGAAUCUUAGGAAUGUAUUAUAGAGAGAAAGAUGAACCAUUAUCAUUUCAAAAGUAUUUUGGAGAAUUUGAAAAGAAAAAAAAUUCUGAAUUAAUUAACAAGUUGGAAAAUAAAAGAAUUUUUGAUUUAUUGGGAUUUGAGAAGCAAUAUGAACUCUAUAUUUCAUCAAAUAAUAAUUAUUUCAUGAAUUCUAUUAAAAAUCAAACUCAUCUUGGUAAUAUAUUUAGAGUUAGCAGAAAAGUAAUUGUAUCUUCUGGAUAUGGUAAUGAAGAGAUUCGUGAUUUUUGUCAGUUAAAAAAUAACUGGAUAUGUACAAAGUAUGAAAUGUUAGUCUUUAAACUAUUGUUAGAAUAUUAUAAGGGAACUGGGGAUACUUUUAUAUCAUUCUUUUUGUGGCAAUAUAAGAGGAAAAUUGUUGAAAAGAAUUUGUUGGAUAACAUUCCAUUCUUUACAAAAAAUCAGAUUAUGGUUGUGAAUCAUUUAUUUCCAGGUUUAUUUGAAUCAUUUCAAAAUUUAACAAAUAGUAUAUAUAAUAAGAUUGAUGAAUUUGAGAAAAGAAGAAAAUAUAAUAAAUCUAAUCAAAGUAGGUAUUACUUUGAAAAUAUUACAGAAGAAGAGAUUAAUUGGAUUAUUUCUUUAGUUUUAUCCCAUUCUCUACAGGAUAAGGAUGGAAAUAUAGCUUUUGUUCCAUACUUUAACAUCAUUCCUCAUAAUAGUCAAAAAUUUAGUGAUUGUGAAAAAGGUCAAACAAUAUUACAUCAUCCAAAUGAGUUAUCUUUUGACUGGAAAUUCUCACAAAAUCUCACUCAUAGAUGUAAUCAUAACCAUUCUAAUCAUCUUAAAAAGGAUUAUACUAUGAUACACUCAUUCUAUGGUCAUUUAAAUAAUAUUAAAUCGGUUGUUCAGUAUGGGAAACUUUUGGAUAAUAAUGAGUACUCAACAGUAUGGUUUAUAAGAAAAGACAAGAAAGAUAUUAAUGGAUUUAAAAUACUAUUUGGUACAAGUAAUAUUCUAAAUAGUAUGGAUUCCCAGGCCUAUAGGGAUUAUCUACCAACCUGGUUGUUGGAUUUAUCUGAAACUAAUAAUUCAAAAAUUAGGGUAAAUAUGGAAAACCAAUUUGUUCAUUAUAUUUCAAAAACUAAGAAAAUUCCAAUUAUUAAGAAUAAACAUGAGUCCAAACUCAAAUAUAUUGAUUGUAAUGAAUAUAUAUUUUAUAAUGGAGUGGGUUUAGGAUUCGGAACUGUCCAAUUUUUAAAAUCUUCUUCAGUUGGAGGAAUAAAUGGAUCAGUUUAUGUGUGUUUAAGAGAGAUUAUUUUCAGAAAUUAUCCAGAAAAAAAAGAAAAACUUAAAACGUUUACAAGCUCUAAUAUUAAUACUUUAGCUAGCAUUCCAAUGGAAAAAAAGGAGGAGAUUCUAGCAAAUAUUAUGCAUAGUAACUGUGGGAAAAGAUAUACCCAGUUGGAAGAUGUAAAAAAUUUAUUAAUUCAUCAACUUAAUCAAAAGCUUCCCAAAGAAUUAAAAGAAGAAGACUUUAACAAGUUUCCAAGUCAAACUAAACAGGAGAUCAGAAUUAACAUUAAGCUUUUAUACUCUACUAUAGAAGAGUUAAAAACCAUGAAAGAGUGUGUUUCAUACUUUGAAAGACUAAUACAGAUCAUUUCUCGGAACAGAUCUGUUUAG